AUGGCCCUACGUAACUCGAGUCCAGUCAGCAUCAAUGGCCCCUUCACAGUUACUGAUCUCAUUACCCUUCUCGCACUGAUCUUCUUUUCUACCGAAGUCGCUGCAUACCACAAUUUUGUGAUCGAGAACUACAGCGUUGUACAAGGGAACGUUCUUGGUCAAUUCGACGUGCUAAGCUUGGGAGAGUGUUCUUUGAGAUGCCUAGCACAGUCGGAAUGCGCUGGAUUCAACUAUUUUAUCAACAAUGACGAAAAAGCCCAGUGCCUUCUUGUUGGCUACAAAAAAGCCGUAUCUGAUGCUGAUCUUCCCCUUCAUGAAGCUGUCCUCUAUGGAGCCACUAAAAUCUCUUUGGAUGCUAAUUGCUCGACGAGGACAUUUGCUUUCGAGAAACUCUCCAGUCUGGGAACUCAAGCUGAUGACCUUAUCCUCGAAUCCACCGUUGUAAAUACCACUGAUCAGUGCUUGAGCAUGUGUCAAAAGAGGGUUGACUGCCGAGCCGCACAAUUCAAUCGACAGAAUUUAUCGUGCGACUUCCUUACGGCUUCCCCAAAUACCGUAUAUAAUGUAAGGAGGUAUUUUGUCCACAAUGACGAUGUGGAUCUGUACGAGAAUAAUUGCAUCGAAGUGCCGAUGUCGUCUUCGAAAUGCAAUUUUAUGCGACUAUCAACUGCUGGCUACACAGACCUUUUUGACGAAAUCGUUACGGAUGUUGCUGAGGCAGAGGAAUGUGAAAGGAUUUGUGUCACUCAGACCAAUGUAGGCGAUCCCUGCAGUGGUUCACUGAAGACGAAACGAUUGAAAGAUGUGAUUUGCGAGAGGACAGUAACAUCGUCCUAUCAAUUCAGCGUAUUCCUGCCAUAUAAGGAAUGCGGUAUCGAAGAAACGACAGUGCCAUUCCCAUCUUACAGUGGGCUGAUACAUGUAAAAGAAGGUAGCACUACUUUGGUAACGAUACGCGACAAACUUCUUCAGGUUCAUUGUCAUAUCCAUCCACAAGUAGAUACCGUUGAUCAGGCUAUAUCUACCCAAAUGGAAGUACACGACUCGAAUCGAACAGAUCGCGUACUGGCAAACAAAAUAAUUUUCGUACCAUCACAACCUCCUCCCAGAACUCGCUACUCGCUUCGUGUACUGAACAUGGACGAUGCAGAAACGGAUGUUGUACACGCCAAUGACGAAGGCUGGCUUUCACUGACUGGCCCUCAAAGUCAGAUCUCUGUGUCGAACAUGGUCGCGAGAGACAUUAACACUAAGGAGACUAUCAAGCUCAUCAACGACGAUGGCUGUGUUGUCCACAAGUCGAUUAUGGGUAUCUCACGACCGUCGUCACGUGAAAUUCGAUACAAAAUUAAUUUUGGUGGUUUUCAUGAUCAGGCUCAGCUAAUCUACCAAGCAUUGGUAGAGACGUGCACAUUCGACUGCUAUCCAAAGUGUAAUCAAAAGUUGUGGCUGGAUGAAGGUGAUAAACCAAUGGAUGAAAGUCACAACACGAUUCGUCGAAGGCGUGCAAUAGGUGCCAGACAGAUUGAAUUGACCCAAGAUAUCUACAAGGUACAUGGUAGCAGGAUUACGGUAGUGACUGGGAUGGCUUCGAAACAUCAGCAUGAUUCAUCGGGAUUUCUUGGAGAUCAGAAGGUACCUGAACUGAGAAGUGGACGACAAAAUCUGCAUGAUGAUGAAGUGCAUAUUGAAGUGGUGGAAUCUCGUCCGAUCUCAUCUGCACUGGAGCAGUGUUUUUCUGACGACAUCACUUGCCUGUUCACCGUAAUCCUUGCCUCCAUACAGUUGUUUUUGUUGGCGUCAUGCCUAUGUAUCGUAUACUGCUAUAUCCAGCAGUGGCGUUCCUAUCGUAGUCUACAUGAAGCGGCGUCGCCCGUCCGAAUCGAAUACGAGUUAAAUGGUCAAACGGACUCUUCAAAGUUGAACACUGCUCGACCACAAUGA